AUGGCGUUUAUCAGUUUCCUGACGGAGUUGUGGGACCAAAAAGCGCAGGAAUACAAAGAGUACGUCAUCACCGAGGAAACGGAGCUUCUAGAGCAGAGCCACCUUGCAGGUCAGAUUGGAACUGCAUUUCAACAAGAAUACGUUCAACAGAGCCACCUACCAGGACAGAGUGGUACUGCAUUUCAACAGGAGUCCAUUCAGCAGGGCCACCUACCAGGACAGAGUGGUACUGCAUUUCAACAGGAGUCCAUUCAGCAGGGCCACCUACCAGGACAGAGUGGAACUGCAUUUCAACAGGAGCCCAUUCAGCACGUCAAUGGUCAAGGUUACCCCCAUGUGAACGCUACUCAAAAACUCGCCAACGGAAAACAAACAGAAACCAUGGUCGACCACGACAAAGUCGUCGCCAAGAAAGGUGUCAAAUUCGAGAAGAAGCGGCCUGAGAUGGGCCGAGCGUUCUACAUCCAGGGCACGCGCCCCAAACAGAACGCGGGAAGAACCAGGAAGGACAAGGCGCCUCUCGUGCACAAGGAGUCGUACCAACCUCCUCAGGACAACCAGCAGAGAACGGCUUACAAACAUCUCCAGGACAGUGGAACCUACAUGUACUCCGCCCCCUACAGACUGCGCCAGGCCGGCACCCCGCCCGUAUCUCCCGCCAAACGGCCGGACAACGCCCAGCUGUUCCGCCACGCCAGCGCCGACCGCUUACAUGACGAGAGAGAGUACACCGGAUCGGAGCGGCGGAGAAGGGCGGAGAACGAUCAAAGGAGGACAGCGAACGUUGCCGCUGUCCAGGGGUACAGGGAGGUGCCGGUGGAUGUUCCUCCAGAGCUGGAAGAGCGGAGUGCGAACCAGAGUCCCCACCGACGGGACUCGCAGUCUUCCAUCCUCAACCGAGUGGUCCACGGAGCAGAGGACCUCACAGAGACACGGCAACGCAAGAGGCCUCCUUCAAGAAGCAGGGCAGAGAGAAGGAGCCGCCAAGGUCCUGUUCCUUCAGACAUCGUGAGCACAGAGAGCAAGACGUCUUCCGACCAGGAUGUUAAGACUCCUUCGCAAGAUGGUGCCAAAGAUGAGAAACUUCACGAUGCAACUGAGGAAAAAGACGAGAGCAAUGGAGACUUGAAAAGAAGCGAGACGCCAACAGGGGACAGAUCGGCGAGUAGCUCCCCUCCCAUCCUGUUCAACAAGGACUCCCCCCCGUUUGUGAAUGGACUGCUCAGUGAAGAGGAUCUGCAGUACCUGCAGCAGGCACCAGAGGACCUCCAGAGGAUCCUGGCCACUGAAGACUUCACCAACAGAACGGAUGAGUACAAACUGCUCCUGGAGAGAGCCAAGAAGAGCGUCCGUCUGAAGGAGAUACGGAGCAGGCGCGAGUCAUACCUGGCUGCCAUGGCAACGGAGUACAGCCCGUCCGGUAAGGACGGCAGCAGGCUGGGAGGAAGGUCGCCCAGAGGUCACCGGAAGGGCACGCGCCCGAGGAAAGCUGUCGUCAAACCGCUUCAACACGAGGAAGAAAGUUUGCCCGCCACAGAUGUCUCAGAGAGGAACGAGGGAUUGAGUGAAGCACAAUCAGACGACACGAAGCCUCCUCAGGACAAAUCCGAGGAAAAAGACAACGCUCCAAAACAACAGAAGGACAAAGAUGAGAACUUUGAUGAUUUUGUUCCCGUGGCAACUGAAAGUGCAAAGGUCAAAGAGGACAAAAGCACAACCGAAGAAAAAGAUAAAAGUAAAGAUCUAACAAUAGUUUCUAAUCUUCAUGUUGAAGUUGAGACAAAGGAAACUUCACCAGAAGAAAAGGAGAAGGAAACAAAGAAAGAAAAGACAAAGGAGGAGUCUUCCGACAGCUCGUCAGACAGCCCGUCUUCCCCGGUGAAAACAAACGCGACUUUCGGGGACUCGCUUUGGGACGAAAUCAGCGACUUGUCUGAGGUGUCUGAAUCUGUCUCGAGCAGCACGUCUUCGCUGGACACAGUCAUCGACACAACCAAUGACAGCAUCGACCAGGAACUGUUGAGCUUGGAGGAGGAGGAGAGAAGGGCUGCUGAGAUCCUGGGGGAGGCAAAACUGGAGAAAAGGCCGGAUCACGACGCAACGAUCCACCAAACACCUUCAGAUCUUCCAUCGGCAAAGGAAUUGCAGCCACCGAAAGACGAGGUUGAGAUGAAAAAGUUGAAGGAAAAAAUCUCCAAGUCUCCGCCGUGCCCUGCUGCGGAUGUGGGGUUGGAAAGUGUGGAAAUAUCGUCGGACACGUCUUCAGAAACAUCUAUCGAGUCUCAAAACGAAGUUUCUGUAGUGGAAAGUAAGGAAACUGUACAAGAAGACAUUGUCUCGUCUUCGGAACUGUACGAAGCUGCAGCUGAAAAUGAACCAGCGACGUCAAGAACUGUAGAAAGUACCUCUGAUGAAUCUUACGCAGGAGAAAACAAAAAGUCUGUAGCGAUGGAUGUACAUGUUCUAACGGAAACUGUACCAGUCAGCGACGAAACCGCGUGCUUUGACACGAACGGGAAGUCGAAAAGCCUCGGCGACAUCACGUCGGAGGAUAUCCACUGCAACAAGUUCGACAGCAAGUACAAGACCAUCAGCAAGAGCUUCAUCACCAAGAAGAUGCGUGAACAGAAACGGUUCUCUCCCCUCCGAGGGCCUGUCAUGCCGAAGAAGCCUUUAGAACAGGAACUCAUCAAGCUCACAACAUUCACACCCGAGGAACGCGCGCUACCUCAACCCUCCUCAAGACUGGAACCUAAGACGUCCACGCCCAAAAAGCUGACUUUCUCGAGCCGGAGUGAGAGUCGUGUGAAGCACAUCGCUAGCAGGAAGCGGACUCAGUCCGAGUCCGCCUCCCUGGAUGCGGAUACGAGCAGCUUUAGGAGGACAGGCGAUGCUGUAUUUGUUCUCACAGCAAAGGCAGAGGCUGUACCAAGGAGAAACAGGCCUCCCACUCCCCCUAUCUACCAGUACCGGCACAGCACCGGGUCCUAUAUACCCGGGUACAUAGAAAACCCCACACCAAGGCUGGAGGAUAGGGGAGUUCCAGAGGGGGCGUGCUCAACACCUGGCACAGCCCCUGACAUUGUGCCCAUGGCUUCCCCACAGGGGGACAGGGGGAACGGCAAGUUGGAGGAAGAGCCAGAGAUAUACUUUCUACUCAAUGUAUAG